GGAAGCGGGCGCAGUUGACCCUGGCUGCGUCGGCUGAAUCCAGGCCGGAAAUGAGCAGUACUGCCAGUGGAUCGAGGGAUGGAUGGAUUAUUCAGUCGUCAUUAUGAUUAAAUAAAGCGCUGCCUGCCAAUGCAAAUGCCGGGAAGGGAAUGCAACGGGAGCGCUGGAUCGGAGUAGCGAGCGAUUAAUUCGACGGAGGGAUGAUUAUGACGGCACGGCGCACAUCUGCUGCACCGAGUCGCCAUCGAUCAAUACUUGGUCCGCUCGGCAGUCGACUACUGUGCAACACUAACCAGUAACCAGCGUAUAUACACGAUGUUAUAUAUGCAGCAGCUGAGCCGUGGCGGAAAAGUGGCGAAUGUUAACAGGAUGCGGCACACAAUAUUGCCGUUUAUCAGUUUUAUUAUAUAUCAUGUGAAACACGCUGUACACAUCAUUCAUUACCCCGUCGUUUCCGCUCGUCGUACAUGUACAUUCAUCGCUGAUUUAUUUUCCCGGUGUAGUGAAAUAAAAUAACAGCGCACGCGGAUCUGGCGUCAUCGGCGGCCUGUUGACUUGACGAAUAUUUUUAUUUAUUUUGUUGUUAUCCUGCGCCCGGGCGGAUCGGAUCGGACUGGUUGACGUUCUAUUCGGUGUUUAUGCGCCCGCGGACGUUGGUUGAGUCGGCGGUGUCCCGCGGCGUUUUUUCCGCGCACUUGUUCGUCAGCGCCGCGUUCAAGCCGGAAGCCCAUUGCAGACCGCGUCUUUUUCGCUGAAUUAUUAGUAUAUUUAUUUGCCGCGGGGGUUGAACAAUUUUCUCUCUCGAUUUUACUGUCUUCCACUCGAUAGCAACAAUACCUGAGCGUUAUAUUGCGAAUUGUCAGGUGCGCAUAUAACCACGAUAACGCCGGAAUUUCUCUGCUAUUACGCGCCGAUAAAGGACUGAUUCUGCUGUCGCUGUUGUCGGCACUAUCGCUCGUAAUUAAAUUAAGUGCACGCGGAAGUUAAUCGCUGAUUUAUCGCGCUGUCUGGCUGUAAUCGCUGUUUGUGUUGAAUGCGCGCAUCGGUUGAUGCGUCUGGCGUUUCCUCGCGCUGUCCUAUAUUCGCUGAUUAAACCGGCAUUUUUGUGAGAUUAUUCUGGAAUAAUUUCGCCAACAAAUUGUGAAGGAAUUCAUUUAUUCUGGAAUUAUUCUGUCAAAAAUUUUUAGUAUAAUUUCUUUGUUCGUCGAUUUGUCGGAAUUUUUGUGGAAUUAAUCAGCCUAUAAAUUGUCAACGACGUUUUUCUGGAAUUACCACAUCCAUCAACUGCGGAAUUUAUAUUUUCGUGGAUUUACCGGCAAAUUUAUAUAAUAUUUCAGUGUUGCAAAGCUAAACAUUGAACAUUUUCGUCGUACACGCUACCACAUAACCGGCAUUUUUUAAGAAUUAUUCCGGAAUUACUACCCUGGCACAACUGCCGAGACGUUUAGUUUUCCUGGAAUUUUUACAGUCGUAAUUUGCGGAGCCAUUUAUUUAUUCGUGAUAUUUACUGUAUUACUGGCAAAAUUUUCAAAACCGAACUGAGCAUCAAAACAAUUUCCAAAAAAUUUGUGUUGUGAUUAAGAUCAGAUUGUUCUUGACGAUGCGAUGGUAGGGAGCGGCAUGACGAUGACGGCGUCGGCGAAAUCCCUGUCCCUGUCGGCGGAGAUGGAAGAAGCCGCGUGGAGCGGCAGCGUCAGCGGCAGUGCCGGCGGCGCGACGCCGGCGCUGCAGUUGAGCGUGGUGGACGUGUACGAGGCGGCCAGCGAGAUCGGCGCGGAUCUCGAACACCUGGCGCAGCAGUUCGGCCGCGACAGCAUCACCAAGCUGGUGCCCAAGGUCUGCGCCGCCCUGGAGCAGCUGGAGCAGCUGGCCGGCAGCGGCGACCGCGAGACGGCGCGGGCGACGCAGCAGCGCCUGCAGGCGGCGCUGCACACCGUCGAGCUGCACCAGCAGGAGAAGCGCAGCAUUCGCGACAAACACCAUGCGGAAAUGGAGGAGCUUGAGCGGGAGUACCGCGACGAAACCAAGCGGCUGGAAACGGCCGUCCUCGACCUGACCAGCGAGAACGACAAGCUCCGCAGCGCCCUCCGCACCACCUCCGCCGCCGCCCCGGACACGCCCCUGGAAGUGGACCGCCCUUUCGGCUACCUCACUCUGACCACCUCCACCCCGGCCCCAGCCCCCGGGGACACCUCCACCCUGAUUCAGCAGCUAAAGGACAGCCUUGCCAAGGUCAAAGAGGACCUCCGGGAGACGGCCGCCCACCUCCAGGACCGCGAGACCGAAGCGGCGACCCUCCGCGCCGACCUCCAGCGGGAACGCACCGCGCUCGUCAACAGCAAGCAGCGCCACAACACCCUACACAAACAGGCGCGCAAGCUAAUGGAGGAGCGCAACGCGCUGACGGGGCUCCUGCGGCAGAGUCUCCUGACCACGGUGGACUUGGAGGCCCGCCUGCGGACGGCGGGGAUCCCGGCCAAUGUCCCGGCGGUGGCCAAGGAGGAAGCUAAUCUGCAGGCGUUGUUUGAGAAGGCCGGGACGCCACUAGUGUCCCCGGAGGAGGUCCCAGAGGUCCCGGAAACCCGGGAGCCGUUGCGGCUGGUGCAGAGCGAGCGGGAGGUGGGUGGGGCGGUGGAUGACGGAGAUGUGCCGCGGUUCACGCUGAACGAGCUGCGCCGGAUGCUGAAUGAACGGAACCACCUCAAAGCAAAGGUCAUGGAGCUCCAGGAUGAGCUGGCCGCCGGGAAGACGCCGCGCGCCGCCCUGGACGCCCAUCUCCAGCCGUGGCGUUACGAGAAUCCGGCGUCAGGCAGCACCGGCACGGCGGCGACCAGCGUGGCCGACGAGGCGGAGUCGAGCGCGUUGGCGUCGACGGAGGCGGAGAGUGUGGCUAGCCAGACGGACGACGAGGAGGCCGCCGUGCAGGGCCCCAUCAACCGCGAGCCCGACGACAAACUCUUCCCGGGACGCCGCCGCCGCAGUCGCAGUCGCAGCAAGCCCCGCCCCUCCAUCAUCCGCAACCUGUACAAAGGCCUGUUCGGCGAGAAGCUGACGGCCAUCGUCAAGGACGGCAUCUUCUACAAACUGGCCGAGAGCAGCGCCCAUUUGGCGGACUAAACCGCUGGCCAACCGUCCGCGGACGCCAGUCCCCGCUCUUCCCGGAUCUCAGCCCCUUUCAAUUCCGCGCUUGAACGCUUCUUCAGCAGUCUUGUGAAUUCCCCGAUUAUUGUUUAUUUCUACUCCCGCUGUUAAUUAGUCGCACGCAACGAAUUCCCUGUCGCUACACUCUGGCUUUCAUUGGCGAUUUUUCUAAAUUCUAAUCCACAUUUUUUCGAUUUAUUUAGUAAUUAAUCACUGUUCGAAACGAAAAGUGGCAGAAGAAAAAGCUUUUACUUUAA